CCUUCAAGCACCCUAAACGAAAUCAGGGACUGCAGAAAAAUACCGACCCGCAUUAUUAUUGUUUGUUCCACCACUGUUUAGUUUGGUUGCCUUAUUAUCUGGACUACACUUCUGUGCAAGCUCAUUACCAAGAGUGGGCAGCAACCUCUAUGCUGCGAGUUUUUGUUUUGUUUUGUUUUUUGUUCUUCUUUGCAUUUUUUUGUUAAUAGUUUUAAGUUGUACUUAUACUUGCAAAAGUAAAAGUAAGCAUCUGUGUGUAUCUUUUGCUGUAGAUAUUUUUGGAUGAUCGUCUAAUACUCUUGAGGUGUAUAUGGAAGUGGUGGGGUGCAGGGCAGAAGAAAACACUUGCACAUUCCGUCCAUCAGCCAUGCUUUUCCAUGGAAUUUCCGGGGAUCAUAUCCAAGGAAUCAUGGAGGAGAUGGAAAGGAGAUCUAAAUCAGAAUCUCACCUGGUCAAGGGGGUCCAAAUGAACGUAAGGGACACGAGUAUGCCCUCUAUGAGUCCGGAGAAGCCUGCCUUGUGCGCUGGUUGUGGCGGUAAAAUCUCUGACAGAUAUUAUUUACUGGCGGUGGAUAAGCAGUGGCACCUUAGGUGCCUCAAAUGCUGUGAAUGUAAACUAGCCCUUGAAUCUGAACUCACCUGUUUCGCAAAGGAUGGCAGCAUUUACUGCAAAGAGGAUUACUACAGGUUCUCGGUGCAGAGAUGUGCCCGCUGCCACCUUGGGAUCUCGGCCUCGGAAAUGGUGAUGCGCGCUCGGGACUCGGUGUACCACUUGAGCUGCUUUACUUGUACUACGUGCAACAAGACGCUGAGCACAGGAGACCACUUUGGCAUGAAAGAAAACCUGGUGUACUGCAGGGUGCACUUCGAGACCCUUCUGCAAGGAGAAUACCACCCACAGUUAAACUACACUGAAUUAGCUGCCAAAGGAGGGGGGUUGGCACUGCCUUACUUUAACGGCACUGGCACGGUACAGAAAGGGAGGCCAAGGAAGAGAAAGAGUCCUGCAAUGGGAGUAGACAUAGCCAGUUACAAUUCAGGUUGUAAUGAAAAUGAGGCUGAUCACUUGGACAGAGACCAGCAGCCUUACCCCUCCAAUCAGAAAUCCAAGCGCAUGCGCACAUCUUUCAAGCACAACCAGCUCCGCACUAUGAAGUCAUAUUUUGCCAUCAACCACAACCCUGAUGCUAAAGACUUGAAACAACUGGCCCAGAAAACUGGGCUAACCAAAAGAGUUCUCCAGGUUUGGUUCCAAAACGCAAGAGCCAAAUUCAGAAGGAACGUUUUGCGACAGGAGAAUGGGGGUGUUGAUAAAGCUGAUGGCACUUCACUACCACCUCCACCCUCGUCAGACAGCGGCGCAUUAACUCCACCCAGCACUGCAACCACUUUAACAGACCUGACCAAUCCCACAAUCACUGUAGUGACUUCAGUGACCUCUAGUCUGGACAGCCACGAAUCCGGGAGCCCCUCACAAACUACCUUAACAAACCUAUUCUAACAGUUUACAAGACAUUUUAAAUGACCAGACAGAUCAUGGGAGAACAAACAAACAAACAAACAAACAAAAAUCUUGAUGUGUAGCAUUUGCAACCACUUGGCAGCUGAGUUUCUAGCUAAUGUGUUCAAAACUUUUUAUUUUGCAUUGAAGAAGUUCAGCAUUCUAGACAGUUGUUUAAAAUGAUCCUGAGUUUAUUUAUUCCAAUUUUAAAAAUCCUGCUGCAGCUCAAAAAUAAAUGUUUUACUUACUGUUUUAAUUAUUAUUUUUUUUUUUUAUCAACACGAAUAAUUGACAGAUAUGAAUAUACUAUUUUUUCAUACCCAACAUUAAAUCCCAUCACUAUGUGCUAGAUUUCCAUUAUGGAAAUAAGUAAAAUAUUUAGUUGUUAAAUGUUUAGUAAACUUUCAAAAUUAACUUAAGGAGAGAUUUAAUUUUCUCUUAUAUUGAGUUUCAUUGGAUUGUAAGAAACCAUUGGCCUAUUAGCAACAUAUAACCUUUAAAACUAUUGUAUGGAUUUUUUUUUUUUUAAAUACUGCCUACAUAUUUAUGUAAAAUAAUAACAUGUUGUAAAAUUAGCAAUAGAUAAUUGUGAAGUACAAGGUUGUACACAGUAUUUUCAGUUAAUAGAUAUGCAGCAAAUAACAAAAGUCCUAAAAAUCUAAAAUGACAAUGUUCCUGAACUCAAAAGCCAGGUGGAUGCUGACCUCAAUCUAUGUUUUGUUUUGUCAUACUCCAGUUUACUGUAGCGGGAAGCUAACAGGAUUAUUGAGAUCUGUACAGUGGUAAUUGUUCAUCUGGUAAUCUUGAUACAUUGUAUGAGAUGUGUCAAAUUUGAAUACUGACAAAAUUGGACCUCAAUUACUUAUUGUUUUAAACUAAAACCAGACAAAGGGGAGUGGUAUUCUUAGUUUAUUGUUCUAAUAAAAGAGCACUUUUACCAAUGCUGGCCUCAGUGCCUAAAUACAAUGGUAAUGUUGUACACUCUCACUACAGAUUACCAGUACAUGUUGUCUUAAGUGUAAUUAAACAUUGACUGCCCAAUAGAAAAUGCAUUAUUAGAUAUGUUGCUCAGGGUGUUAAAAACGUAGUGCAGUAAGAAAAAAGAAAAAAAAGAAAAAACAGGAUCUAGCGCUGAAAAGGUACUAAGAAACCAUUUUCAAAGAAUAGUGUCAUUCACGUCCUCAAAAAACACAUUUUCAUUUCAUUACGGACAUUUGCCACUGAACAGACCAAAAACAUGUUUCUUCUGGCUAAAAGCUAAAGAAAACUAUUGCUUGUAUUAAGAACGUUUUAUUGAAAGUGUCAAAAAGUUGGUACUAUAACAAAAAUGGUACUAUAGAUCUACUUGCAGUAGAUGCCUAACUCAGUUCUACUAUGUGCCUUAUGCUAUAACAUGGGAGACAGUUUGUGGAAAUCAGGAUAUGUAUGUUGUUUGUUAACUGAUUCACAUCCUUUUGACGCCUCGCUAGUUUUGUACUGUUUUAUUUCUUAUUUCUGAAGAUCUUUUUAUGGUGAAUCCUGUUGAAAGGGGUCAGAGAUGUCAUAGAAAGCAGCUGUGCACUCUUUCAGAUAUAAUUGAUAAAACCAAGAAUCUUAUAUAUUGAUCUUCAUGUUUAUAGUACAGUAAGUGGUCUAACAAGAUUGUCCAUGUCUCUUUGUUUCUUGAUAAAAAUGGUGUAUAGAAGCUAUUUCCCCUUAAAUAUUUAUGGACCAAACGGUUGUGAUAUAUCUUAUUAAAUUUGUGUGAAUAAAAUACUUUGUUUUUAAUGAGUUUUAUUUUUUAUAUCAUAAAAGUGUUGUGUUUAUUCAAGAAUAUGUGGUUCUUUAUACAGUGUUUCUUUUUUCAGUGACAUCAUCAGAUUGAAUAUCAUUUAGUAUCCGAAUGCUCAAUGCAAAUUGUUUACUACAUUUUUUAAAAUUCCUUUCUUAUUUUUUUUGCAACGUAAUGCCCCACUGAUUUGCAAAUGAAACCCUAUAGAAAAUCAAUACCAAACAGAUAACUAUAGGCAGCUGUUAAUGCAUGAAAAUGAUUACAGUUAAUAAUUUAAAUUCAACAAAUGCUGGCAGGCAUAUAUUUUUAUAACAAAUAAAACUAAGCAGUAAAAUAAAUGCAGACCUCCUAAAACCCAGGUUGCUCUGUAGUUUAAUAAAUUGUUACUAUGAUUUC